AUUCAUCCAAAUGGGUCACCAGGGCAGCGGCAAGUACAGCGAGGACCAGCGGCCCAACUGCGACUGCCUCCUCUUCGACCUGGAUGAUACCCUGUACCCGGUGAGCUCUGGCAUCGGGGUCGACGUCAUGAAGAACAUCCAAGAAUAUAUGGUCGAGAAGCUCGGCAUCGAGAAGAGCAUCAGCCUGGAGCUCUGCAUCCUCCUCUACAAGCAGUACGGAACCACCAUGGCCGGCUUGAGGGCUGUCGGCUACCAAUUCGAUUACGAUGAUUUUCACAGCUUUGUUCAUGGAAGGCUGGCGUACGAAAAACUCAAGCCUGACCCCGUACUCAGGAACAUGCUCCUAAGCUUGCCCAUCCGCAAAGUUGUGUUCACAAACGGUGAUAGGCUCCAUGCCUCGAGGGCCCUAAAGAGGCUCGGAAUCGAGGACUGCUUCGAAGGCGUCUUGUGCUUUGAGACACUGAACCCAACAUCACCUGCUACCAUCCCAGCCAAUGAAGUCAAAGUCUUCGACUUCAUGAAGCACCUGGCUGAUCCCCAGCCUGGGGUUGAGCUCCCAAAGUCGUCGAUCCUAUGCAAACCGUCCAUAGACGCAAUGCUGCAUGCCCUCAAGCUUGCCAACAUCAAUCCUCGCACAACUAUAUUUUUCGAUGACAGCAUCAGGAACAUCCAGGCUGGGAAGCAAAUUGGAAUGCACACUGUCCUGAUUGGAACUUCUAAAAGAAUUGAAGGCGCUGACCAUGCCCUGGAGAGCAUCCACAACGUGAAGGAAGCGUUGCCUGAGCUGUGGGAGGAAGCUGUGAAGGACGAGGAUGUCAGGAACUCGAGCAAAGUCGGAAUCGAGACAUCUGUGAUUGCAUAGUAUCAAUCACCAUGAACUGACUCUGUUUUCCGGCAAAGAGCAGUGAGGAGGGCGUAUCAGUAUCAGAGACAAUCUGUGCACUAUCUUGUUUGUGUAGAUUUACUAAUUAGCACGAGCGAACGUGUUGUAAACGUCAAGGAGAACUGAUGUCACUUUCUUUUAUACUUGUCCCUCCCCAGUAAUAAUAAGAAAUAGUUACUCUCAA